UGUCUUCUUCUUCAUCGUAUCGCCCAAAAGAAUUUAUCAGAUUUUUCUAGGUUUGUUCGAUUAUGUGUUACUCUUCUUUCUGCGUUCAAUCGUCUUGUUACUAAUUUCGUUGUAAAGGUUUGUCUUUUCCGAAUCUAUUGAUCACCACCUACAAAAUUCAACAAGGGCUCGAAUUGAUUACUGUUUUCACCACGAAGAUAUUGUAAGAGUCUCUGUAGCUGAUCGUUUAUACUUUAUAGUGAAUUUAUUCACUAGAUGGUGAUCAACCAUUGAUGGGUGAUUUAAGUGUUAAUAAUUAUACCAGCUAGGGAUUUUAUAACCCAUUGAAGGAAACUAAACUUGAAUCAAAGCUAACUUAAAAAUUCUUUGGUGUUGUUUCUUCUGUUUGUGCCAAGUUUAUUGAAUCUGAUGGCAGACAAGCUCGUAGCUGACAAGCAUGUUCGUUACAUUCUGAUGGCAGAAAAGAAAAAAGAGAGUUUUGAGUCUGUUGUGAUGGAUCACCUGAGAAUGAAUGGUGCAUAUUGGGGACUAACCACACUAGAUUUACUCGACAAGCUUGGUUCUGUUUCUGCGGUGUCAGGUGGCUUUGCCGGUAAUACUGGACAUGAUCCGCAUGUUAUAUAUACACUCAGUGCUGUACAAAUCUUGGCCCUCUUUGACAAACUAAGCAUUCUUGAUGUCCAAAAAGUGUCAAGUUAUAUUGCUGGGUUACAGAAUAAAGAUGGAUCCUUCUCAGGAGAUAUGUGGGGCGAAGUAGAUACAAGGUUUUCGUACAUAGCUAUAUGCUGUCUCUCAAUAUUAAAAUGUCUUGAUAAGAUCAAUGUGAAGAAGGCUGUUGAUUACAUUGUGAGCUGCAAAAACCUGGAUGGUGGUUUCGGGUGCACACCUGGAGCGGAGUCUCAUGCAAGACAGAUUUUCUGUUGCGUGGGUGCUCUUGCUAUCACCGGGAAUCUCCAUCAUGUUGAUAAGGACUUACUUGGAUGGUGGUUAUGUGAAAGACAAGACUACGAGUCUGGAGGUUUAAAUGGACGACCUGAGAAACUCCCUGAUGUUUGCUAUUCUUGGUGGGUGUUAUCCAGCUUAAUCAUGAUCGACAGAGUUCAUUGGAUCGAGAAAGGAAAGCUUGUCAAGUUCAUCUUGGACUGUCAGGACAUGGAUAACGGAGGUAUCUCAGAUAAUCCCAAAGAUGCUGUUGAUAUCUUCCACACCUACUUUGGAGUUGCGGGGCUCUCUCUUCUCGAGUAUCCUGGAGUCAAAACAAUUGAUCCUGCCUACGCUUUGCCUGUCCAUGUCAUCAACCGGAUUCUCUUCACCAAAUGAUUCUUCAUCAGAACUCAGAUUUAGGUUAGGCAUUGGAGUUAGACACAAAUUCUGGUUAGGUCUUUGAUUCUAAUAGUCUGGUUCAGUUCGGGUUAGGCAUAUGUUUACUAUUACUUGUAGUCACAAAACCAUUUACAAUCUCAAAUCUCUCCCAUUAAUUGGGUUUACAAUCAAGAAAAUGAACAUGGCACUAA